GCCAUUCACUUGCCGGCAAUUGGUAGGUAAUCAGUUUGUUGCUAUCGCUAUCUUUUCUGCCCGUCCAAUCAGCGAGAUAAACGGGAACAAUUCGCUUAUCAAUCACUAGCGCCAGUAGUCUUAGCGUAGAGCACAGUUAAAUAGUUCGGCUGCUGGCAUCUUCCAAGAUCUUCUCAUUAGCUCUUCAGUUGGCUGGGCCCGCCCGUGUAGUAGAAUUUGACUGGCUUCCGAAUAAUGGAUAUGGACACGAUAGCGACCAAAUAUCCGUACAUUACCAAGGAGUACCUGGAGGAUGUUCUGCGCAAAGAUCAAUGCGAAAGUUCUAUCCGAGUUCAGGACUUCAGCGUGGUACCGGCGCUGGGCAAAGGAGAAAACUACUCCAGCGAUAUUUUACGGGUUAAGGUGAAUUAUGUUACUGGAAGUAAUAAUCAUCGAACCCAGACCUACAUCAUCAAAUCCUCACUGGUCAGUGAAGGAAUGGCCGAUAUGUUGGAAGAGUACGAUGUCUUUCACCGAGAAAUUGCCGUCUACGAAAACGUGAUGCCCCGAGUCGAGCAAAUGCUAGCCUCCAUUGGCUACACGAAAAAACUAGCUCCCACAGCUCACGUUAUCAGUUCCAGCCAUCCGAAGCAUUUCGUGUUUGAGGACCUGGCACUGCAAGGGUUCAAAUCGGCCGAUCGGAAGCAAGGGCUCAGCUAUCGGCAGCUGGAGAUGGUGAUAGAGAAGAUCGCAAAAUUCCACGCAGCGACGGCAGUUAUGUUCCAUCAGGACGAGGAAACCAUGAAAGACCACAACUACCGGAACAUCAACGAAGAGGUGCAGCAUUUCUACCCCCUGUUCCAGAACAGCAUGGUUGCCUGUGCGGAGCAGGCCCAGAAAUGGCCCAGCACUGCCAAAAAGAUCGCCAACAAGCUGUUCGAUCUGGAGAAAACCGUUAUCCCAAAGGGCUGCCAAGUCUAUACCCGAGACAACUCGACGUUCAACGUUCUGAACCAUGGCGAUCUAUGGGUUAACAAUGUGAUGUACAAGUUCGACGGCCGUGGUGAUCCGAUCGACAGCAUUCUAGUGGAUUACGCAGUUGGAUUCUUUGGAUCGCCGGCGAUCGAUCUGAGCUAUUUGCUGUUUACUUCGUCUUCGGACGAUGUCACUACGGAGCAGUUCGAUCUGCUGAUACAGUAUUAUCAUUCGGAGUUGGUGGACUGUUUGGCGAAGCUGAACUACAGCAAACCGAUGCCAACGCUGCUAGAUAUCCAGGUGGAAAUGCUUCGCAAGGGAUUUGUUGGCAUUAUGUUCGUUACCUUUUUGAUCCCAUUGCGAUUGAUCGAGGAUACGGCCAAUGCCGAUUUAGGAAAUCUGUUGGGUUCAUCUUCGGAGGCCUUGGAGUUUCGUCGCAAUAUGUUCAGCCACCCAAAGUAUCAAGAUCGGAUGGAAUACUUACUAAAGUAUUUCGAUCGAAAGGGUUACCUGGACUGAAGAGGAUGGAACGCACAAUAAACUGUGAUCUUUGACGAAUA